UCCCACCCACUUUUCUUCAUCAGAUUUGAAAAUCACCCAAUUUAGGCACCUUUCUCUUCCCUUUCUCCUCUUCCUCGAUCCGAUCAAAAUCGAACCGCCAUGUCGUCGUGGUUAGCGCGCUCGAUUGCCAAUACCCUACGCCUCGACGACGAUGAACAGAGCGGGGAGGAAUGUGGAAACGACGUCGUUAAACGGGAAUCGACCUGUCACGGUUCUUGGGAACAGCAGCCCGGGGAAGGCGAUUGCGCGUACGAGGAAAUCGAUUUGGACGAUCGACGCGAGAAUGACGACGCCGAGGAUUAUAUUGAUGAUGCCAAUCAUCCCGGCCGCGGCGGCGGUGUCAAAGAGGACUUGUCUGAAUUGGGAGAAGCCCUAAGUCGGCAGCUGUGGGGCGUCGCUUCAUUUCUAGCACCUCCGCCUGCUGCGACUAGUCUUCCGAGCCAGAAUUCGGAUCAAUUGGAGUCUGAUCGAGUCCAUAGUAGGCUUUUUGAUCGUGAGUCUGAUGAGGAAGAGGAUGGGGAUUUCGUGGAAUGUGAGAAUUUCACGGAGUAUGAGGUGGAGGAUAACGUGGGUGAUGCUGUGGGGGUUACUGAGGAGGCGUUGGCCUUUGCUCAGAAUAUAGCUCAUCAUCCCGAGACUUGGCUUGAUUUUCCCUUAUCAGAAGAAGAUGAGGAAUUUGAUGAUUUUGAGAUCUCCAAGACUCAGGUCAAUCAUGUUGUUGCAAUUGAAUGUUUAGUUCCUCGGCUACUAGCUCUAAGAAUUGAACUCUGCCCUGCCCAUAUGACUGAUGCUUACUUCUGGAUGGUGUACUUUGUUCUUCUUCACUCAAGACUUAAUAAGCAUGAUGCCGAGCUUUUGUCUACACCGCAGCUUGUGCAAGCAAGGGCAAUGUGGAUAAAAGAGCUGCAAAAGAAAAUGAAUCCUGAGUCAGAUUGGGCUGGAGUAAAUACUUUCCACUCAAAAGAAACCCCAGACUUACUGCAUGAAGACUUUGAUUCUCUAUCAUCUGAAGAUACCCACUCAAGAAACACGUCUAACACAGCAUUUGGCUAUGAACAUCCUUCAUCUUUCAAUGAUACAACUGAUGUUGAAACUGAGAAGCAUCCCAUUGAAACUACAGAGAUCCAGUUCAUAGACAAAGCUGUUAUUGCUGAAGACUUGGCAAGCAAGACUGUAGACAAGGUGGUGGUUACUACCACAUCUUAUAAACAACCUAUCUUGGAUUAUGAAGAUGAUGAUGAGGAUGACUGGCUAAAGGACAAUCCCGAACUGGAAGGAUAUUCUGGCCCUACCCUUGUGGGAAAUGAAGAAGAUGUGUCAUUUAGUGAUCUUGAGGAUGAUAUUGAUUGUACAGUGCCCUCUAAAACAACGGCAAUUCCUCCCGAACAUCUUAAGCUUGGCCAACUUCCAAAAAAGAUCUAAUUUUCCCAAAGUGUGCUCUCACCACCUUUUUCUUUCUUGGUGAUACAAUCAGAAAUGUACUGAGGACUCCUGUGCUUCAUGCAGAAAAUGUCUCAAGUCUUCUGGCAUCGAACUAAGGCAACGAGGCAGAGGGGGUUAGCACUGUGUGAGUUCCGGUUUUUUCUGGUGGCAUAGUUGCAAGUAGCAUGGAUAUGAAAUUUGUAAGGGUGAAUACCAUAGCCAAUGACCCCUCAUUAGAUGGAAGGUGCUCCUCUUUUAUUUCAUUUUAUUAAUUUUUUUUUUUUUUUAAAAAGAGAGGUUUUGCUUGUUUAAUUCUUUUCUGAUGAUUGUGGAGUAUCUUAGUAGUGGUUGGGGGUGCUUGCUACACCUCGUGUACACAAAAAGCAUGAUUGUAUUUGUACAUAAGCAAAUAAUUGUUUGCUUAUAAACUGGAAUUUUUUCAGUCCAGAAUCUCCUAUAGUACUGUAGUAGGUUGCUUUAUAUGAGAAAGUAAAAUGUACAUUUCAAAUAUUUUUGGUUUGAAA